AUUCUGGAGUGCCAGCAACACAAGAGUUAUCUCUAUGAUGAAAUGAUGUAACAGUAUGUGGGGCAUCCUCUUUGGUUCUUUCCUUCAAAGGCUAUUCCCAUUUUCCAUUUCCUACUUACUAUCCACAAAUAAUGUCUCUCAAAUUCAUGUUUGAUUCUUUCUCAUGGCCCCUGCAAGAUCUCAAUAUUGAGCAAAAGGGGGUGCUUUUCUCCUGUCUUUUAGCUUUGCUUUGGUGUUUCAUCAGCAACUCAAACAAGGGGCUGCCACCAGGGCCUAAAGCUUUGCCCUUGAUAGGUAAUCUCCAUUCUCUUGAACCUCAACUUCACACCUAUUUCGCAUCUCUUUCCAAAAUUUAUGGCCCCAUUUGUAGAAUCUGGCUUGGUAAAAAACUUGGGAUUAUUGUUACUUCCCCUGCCUUAGCUCGCGAGGUUCUUAAGGAUAAAGAUACCAUUUUUGCUAACAGAGAUGUGAGUGUUGCUGGUAGAGAAGUUACAUAUGGUGGAACUGACAUAGUUUGGACUCCUUAUGGACCUAAGUGGCGUAUGUUGAGGAAGGUUUGUGUUCAAGAAAUGCUUAGUGCUUCUACUUUAGAUUCUCUUUAUGCACUGAGGCGAAGGGAGCUUAGACAAUCGAUUAAUUACUUUUAUAAUCAGACAGGAUCGCCUGUGAAUGUUGGUGAACAGAUGUUUUUGACUGCACUUAAUGUGAUUACAAGCAUGUUAUGGGGUGGCACAGUGAAGGGUGAGGAAAGAGCUACUCUUGGGGCAGAGGUUAGGGAUGUUGUGACUAAGAUGAAUGAGCUGUUAGUUACUCCAAAUCUUUCCGAUUUUUACCCGGGGUUGGCCUGGUUUGAUUUGCAGGGUGUUAAAAAGAAGAUGAAAGUGUUGGCAAAGAGAUAUGAUAACAUAUUUGAGAGCAUGAUUGAUCAAAGACAAAAAAUGAAUAGAAAUGGGGUUGGCCAAGAAAGCAAGGACUUUUUGCAAGUUUUGCUGAAGUUGAAAGAUGAAGCAGAUCCCAAAAUGCCUCUGACCAUGACUGAACUCAAAGCCUUACUUACGGAUAUGGUUGUUGGUGGAACUGAAACUAGUGCCAACACAGUUGAGUUUGCCAUGACUGAAAUUAUGAACAAACCAGACGUCUUGAGGAAAUUACAACAAGAAGUGGAUACAGUUGUGGGAAAAGAUAACAUAGUGGAAGAGUCUCAUAUACAACACUUGCCGUAUUUGUAUGCAGUUAUGAAAGAAGUCUUGCGUCUAUAUCCAGCUGUCCCACUCUUGGUGCCUCAUUGUCCUAGUGAGACAGUCACUGUUGGAGGAUAUGCUGUUCCUAAAGGAUCUAGUGUUUUCGUAAACGUAUGGGCUAUACAUCGAGAUCCUUCUAUUUGGGAAAAUCCAACUGAGUUCCAUCCGGAAAGAUUUAUGGAGAAUAAAUGGGACUUCAGUGGAAAUGAUUUGACCUACUUCCCGUUUGGUUCUGGCAGAAGAAUCUGUGUGGGGUUAGCCAUGGCAGAGAGGAUGUUCAUGUAUUCACUGGCUUCACUUAUUCAUUCUUUUGACUGGAAAUUGCCUGAAGGAGAGACAUUAGACUUUACAGAGAAGUUUGUGCUCGUUCUGAAGAAGAAAAUGCCUCUGGUGGCUAUACCUACUCCAAGAUUAUCCAAUCCAACACUCUAUGAGUAAGAUAGAAAUAUGUCUGUAAAGAGUCGCUUCUGCAUGGUGAUUUUAUCUUUUGUGUGAUGAACUAUGGAAAUGUGAUCAAUGAAAGAUGUUGCUCUAUCCUGGCAAUGGUCUUAUGAGCAACUCAAUGUUCCAUGUGAAAUGCCUAGUUUCCAUGACUUCUUAAAUAUUGUAUUCUGAAUCGAAUUUGAAAUAAUAGUACAUGUAUGACUUUAUUGUAGA